AUGAAAAAGGAGAGUGACUCCAUUAAGGGAAAGCACCAAGAUGACGGCCUUUCCACCGCUGUCCACAAGCAGAGGGACUCGGAGAUCAUGCAGCAGAAGCAGAAAAAGGCAAAUGAGAAGAAGGAGAAACCCAACUACUUCCAUAAACUGUAA